AUGAGGCCCGGGCCUACUAGGCAGGCCGUAGGCCAAGCCCGCGACAUCCUGUCCACGUUUCGCUUGUUUUUCACACCCGAGAUAGAAGACAUCAUCCUGGAGAUGACCAAUCUGGAGGGCGUUCGAAAAUACGGAGCCCGAGGCGACGACGGCGACGACGGCGACGACGACCACCGCCACUACGCCGACGACGACCACCACGAAGUCCACGAAGACCGCGAAGACCGCGACCGCGGCGGCGGCGGCGGCCGCUGGAAAGCGAUGGACUCCACAGACCUGCGAGCCUACGUAGGGCUGCUCAUCCUAGCCGGCGUGUACAGGUCCCGAGGCGAAGCGGCCUCUAGUCUCUGGGACGCCGAGAGCGGAAGGACCAUUUUCCGCGCAACCAUGCCGCUCAAAGUCUUUCACGUUUACUCGAGACUCCUUCGCUUCGACGACCGCCAGACCAGAGCCGAGAGACGCGCAGCAGGCGGCGAUGACAAACUUGCGGCCGUGAGAGAGGUCUGGGACAAGUGGGUCGAGAGGCUGCCGCUCCUCUACAACCCCGGGGCCGACGUGACGGUGGACGAGCAACUGGUCCCUUUCAGAGGCCGAUGUCCUUUCCGCCAGUAUAUCCCAAGCAAGCCGGCCAAAUACGGCAUCAAGACAUGGGUGGCCUGCGACUCCAAAUCCAGCUACGCCUGGAAGAUGCAGGUCUACACCGGCAAGGCCACACGCGGAGGACCCGAGAAGAACCAGGGGAUGAGGGUCGUGCUCGAUUUGACGCAGGGACUCAGGGGUCACAACGUCACCUGCGACAAUUUCUUCACCUCAUACGAGCUCGCGCGCCAGCUCCUGACCAGGAACGUCACCGUGGUCGGCACAGUCAGAAAGAACAAGCCAGAGCUCCCGCAGGCGCUGCUCGCCUCAAAGGACAGGCUCCUCUUCUCCUCCAAGUUCGCCUUCACGUCCACCACCGCUCUAGUGUCCUACCUGGCAAAGAAAAACAAGAACGUCUUACUCCUGAGCACGCUGCACACCGAGGCUCACGUUAGCCGUCGCCAGGACAAGAAGCCGGCCAUCGUCCUAGACUACAACAGCAACAAGGGAGGUGUGGACAACCUAGACAAGGUGAUUGGAACCUACAGCUGCAGGAGGAUGACCGCGCGCUGGCCCCUGGUCAUCUUCCACAACAUCCUUGACGUGUCCUCUUACAACGCUUUUGUCAUAUGGCGAGAGCUCAACCCCACUUGGAUGCCUGGCAAGCGAAACAAGAGGAGGGUGUUCCUCGAGCAGCUGGGAAAGGCACUAGUGACUCCGUUCAUACAAAGAAGGGCCCGUCUCCCUCGCACCGAAGCCUCUGCGGCGCUCGUCAAAGCUGUUCAGAGGGCUACGUAUCGUGAUCAGCCCCGGCGGGAUCACGCCCCGCAGCACCCGGACCACGCAGCACCACCGGCCCAAGCACCCAACCCCGCACAACCCAGUAAGAGGAAGAGGUGUCAGGUCUGCCCCACAAAGAAGGACUGUAAAAACACACACGGUGUGCACCAGGUGUAA